AUGUUCCUGAAAUUUGCUGCAGCGGUGUGUCUUAUAUAUCUUUGUGUACUAACAGGCAAUGGAAAGUCUGCAGGAAUGGACAAAAACGGCGCAAUGGUAUGGAUAUAUUAAAUUUCAGUUUCCUGUAUAAAUAUUCCCUCUGAUGUUCGUCUAAAAUCUGUAUAUAGUGUACCGUAAAUUCCACAUCUUUUUCAUUUAACUGAAGUAUUAUUAGAUGAAGUACGGUUGUUUUGCCCUGGUUGUUUUAUAAUAUCAGUGAAUUGUAUUGCACUAACUAAAUCAAAUGAUGUUAAUAAUAAUGUUAAAAAACUCAUUAAUAAUUCAGGAGGAAAACACAAAGAAAAAUCAUAAGCGUGUCUCGUAUCUUUAUAUGUGAUAAAAAAUCAUGUUAAUUUACAGAAACUUUAGCUUUGAUUUUCUCGGUUUAGACGAAGUUUAUUUUAAAAAUUACUUCGCCAAUGAACUCGUAUAAGAUGAGUCGUUUUUAAAGACAUUUAAAGCACGCGUAGGAGUGUUUUAUCAGACAUAAAACGCUGGCGGCUGCGCGUCGCGUUUUAUAUCUGAUAAAACACUCCUGCGCGUGCUUUAAAUAGUACAUAAGUUAGUAUAAAUCUUCAGGAAUAUUUCUUAAAAUAAAAGAGUUUAAAUCAGGAAUUAAUAGUAGCUUUAAAUCGCUAGGAAAAACAUCUAUUUCUAUAUUGUACGUCUGUGAAUGACGAAUGCAUAUUAGCCAAACCUGUAUAUAUAACGAAGAUUUUCGCGCAGCGUUUACAAAGUGACAAUGUAUUUGCGGAUUUUCUAAUAGGCGUCGGGGGAGUCAGGGAUGUAUUUAAUUUCAGGUUUUAUAUAUCGGCAUCGGAUUUGUCCUGGCCUCACUGGUAAACCGGCGGUCUUGGGGUGUUCGCUAAGGACAUGAAAACAUCCCUUUAAGAGAACUAAAAAGGUAGAUCGAAUGUAUAGUGUUGGAUUUUUCACGAAUACCGUGAAAUUAACGUGACAUGCGGUUUAACAAAAUAUGGUUUGAUGAAUUAUAACUAGUAAGGAUAAUGCCUAAUGCGCAUAAUUGCACAAACCAAAAAUGAAAAUAAAUAUGCGCCAACACCGCGGUCGACGCUGAAUCCGCAAGUUGAAAUAUUUUUAGCUGCGGGAUUGAUAGGGAUACAACUACAGGAUACGAGCAGAACUUCAAACGUACUAGUAAAACAGACCUUUAAAAAUAUUUUUGCAAGCCUAGGCUUGUAUUCACGGAUUAAUUGCGUGCAACAGCGAGAACUGACCUUAACGAAGACGCGUGAAGAUCAAUUUACCAUGCGUCAAACAAAACAUCGCACCUCUUUGUAAAGUUGCGCGCUUUUCGUCAUUCUGUAGAACAUUGUCAGGGGACAUGUGGUGCACAAAAGAACAAAACAAAGCCGAUCACUGGCUGGGCGUUUUCAUAACUCACCAAUCAAUAUGGUGUAAAAAAUGAACUAGUUUGUUCAAGGGCAAGAACAAGUGUUUGCAAAAUGUUCGUAUAUUUCUUCCAAGAACUAUUUGAGAAGGAAGAAAGGCCACUAAUAUCCAAUUUCUCUCUAUAUAGGCAAUAUUUUUUAUUCCUACCAAUGACCAGAAACUUGGAGAACCUCUCCUACAUGUCAGCAACACCUCUGUAGUAUAAAGAGAAUUAGAUACUAAGAAAGAUUUUCAACUGUGUUGUUGUUGACAUUUCAGAAUUUCUUUCCAUGCCUGGCGCCAAGCUAUUAUUCUAGCAAAUGUUAUAUGUGAUUUUUUUAUGUACUAUUUAAAACAUGAGCAGCAGUGUUUUAUCAGAUAUAAAGAUACGAGGCGAAGCAGAGUAUCUUUUGGUCUGAUAAAACACGCACUGCGAAUGUUUUAAAUUGCUUCAAAAACGAUCGAUCUAGUAAGUUCAUUGGCGAAGUAAUUUUAUGCAUGUAAAUCAAGGGAAAUCUCUAUCACAUAUAAAGAUACGACGCGCUUAUGAUUUUUCUUUGUGUUUUCCGAUCCUCAUGAAUUAUUGAGUUUUUGAAAUGUAUAUAUAGAUUUUAUAAUGAGAGAAUUUUAUUUAAUUCUUAGGACUACAUGGCGAAAUUUGGAUACGCUGACCCGGGCAGGUCUGGUAGUGGAGAUUUCAACAAAGCUAUAAGACGUUUCCAAAAGUACUUUCAUCUUAAGAUGACUGGACGCCUGGACGCGGAAACGAAAACCGAAAUGCUGAAGCCUCGUUGUGGUAAUGCUGACGAGGUCGAUGACACUGGAAGAAGCGGCGCGCAAGCAUUUAGGACUGGUUCCAAAUGGAGCAAGACAAGUUUAACGUAUCGCUUCCUACGAGAUUCGGAGGAUGUGACCAGAUCUGUAAUGAAAGCGACUUUCAGAAAGGCGUUUGCAUAUUGGAGUGCAGUGACACCCCUUAGAUUUAGGGAAGUAACAAGCGGAAGGAGUGAUUUUACAAUCAUGUAAGUCGAAAUUUAUUUGUAUUAUCGUGUAUAUACAAUAAAUUACAUUAUACCUCUGACUCGUAUCCAGUAUAUGUAUUGAUUGUGCACUAUAAAUAGGCAAUUCCGGCUAUAGACUAAAUUUUGAUCUAGGCAAGAAGAACAAACUCAUUACCACAGCUAGAAAGAGUAUGUUAAAAUUAGUCAAAUUGCAAAGUUUGGCCGCGAAAUGUUGUAAAAUACAGAAAAUAUAGGCCUGUGAAAUUUGCAAAUUUUUUAUUAAUCUGUAUCACGCGCGGGAAAAUGCACCACAUUUGGGCCGAAAGUGGUGCAUUUUCCCGCGCGUAAUACAAAUUAAUAGAAAUUUGCAAAUUUUAUAAGGCUACAUUUUCCGCAUUUUACAACAUUUCGCAACCAAACGUUGCAAUUUUACUAAUUUUAACAUGCUCUUUCUAGCGGUGGUGAUAGAUUUUGUUCUUCUUGCCGCGAUCAAAAUUUAGUCUAUAGCUGGCUGGAAUUGUCUAUUGGGACGAGUCAGAUUACAUACCCCAAGAUCCCUGAAGGGUGAAAAUUCCUAAUUGACGUGUGCGAGCAGAAUCACAUGCUUUAACUCCUGUUUUGGGGCGGGGAUCAUUUAUAACUUUUUAAAGUCAAUUCAUGUUGCGAGUAUGAUGGUCACUUAUUUAAAUUCAAAAAUAUUAAUAUUGGAAGUGACUUACAAACUCGCAACUACCGCCUUGAUAAUUUUCAUAUCGUGGCCAACCUCAAACUUAUGUAUUCUGGAUUUCUAGGUUUGCAAGACGAUCUCAUGGAGACGGUGCCCCAUUUGAUGGGCGUGGCAGAGUUUUAGCGCACGCGUACUUCCCCUCAAACGGCCGCGUCCAUUUCGACGAAGACGAAGGUUAUAGCGUUAAUGGAGGUAGCAUAAAUGGACAACGUGGAAUUGAUCUGCUGGCCGUGGCUGUACACGAGAUUGGACACGCGAUUGGCUUACACCACUCAAACGUCAGAGGAUCUAUCAUGUGGCCUAGUUAUAAUGGAUAUAACGCGAACCUCAGAUUACAUCGUGAUGAUAUCAAUGGCGCGCAGUCCUUAUAUGGUAUGUAGGUAUUCUGGAAGGUAGUUUUACUGAGCCUAUAGUUGGAAUAGGAUAACGAUUAUUUUUGCUAACGAAAUGACAGGAAUAAGGUUUUAUAGGAGAAGUUUCGAUACGCGAGAUGUGACAAAAAAUAUACGAAAAAUAUAUGUGCGAGUUUAUUCCGAGGUAGAAAAUUUCAGCACUCUUACCUGUUUACUGUUCCUAACAUAAGUGGUGAGGCUGUUAAUCUAUUAAAAAAAAAACACGAUAGCUGUUAAAAAAAAACCAAUUUAACCGAUGUUCUCUCAGCACAAAAACCAAAGAACCGGUUUCUAGCCUGCGCGCAGGCUACCCAAAGAUCCUCUCACCCUAACAUAUAGGGUGUAUCAAAAAACCUGCAAACUCUUUGAAAUACAAUGUUUUUAGAAUUUGCACGAUUCAGAACUAAUUGCUCCCAAAGCGCACGUGCGUAAACACAAUAGUUGACCAAUUCGCAGUCGAAUUGAUAAUUAGUUUUCUGCAUUACAAAUAACUUUGUGUUGCUCUAAUUGCUAUCAAACGCGGUUAAAUAAACUGAUGCGUUUUAAAAUCCCAAGAGCAAAAUAAGUAGCACAGACAUUGAAAUGCUAGCAAGCAGCAGAAUUAUGCAAAUUAUAGUGUUUGCAGGUUUUUUUAUACACCCUGUAUAGCAUUAAUAUUACUCAAGCAAUCAGGUCCGCUUUCAAAGGUCAGCUAACAUCAUUAUUUCUUAUUUCAGGUCGUAACACAGGUGGUGGUGGAACAGGAGGUGGUACAGGAGGUAUUUAUUUUAUUUCACUCUUUUUCUCUUAUAUUAGAGACUCGUCCUGUCUGUCUAUUGUAGACGCAGGCAUUCUAUAUAACAGGCAGGGGCGUAGCCAGUCCCCAAACGAGUGGUGGGGGAGGGGUGCUGUCGUCAAAUGCACAUGCAGAACAACUAUGCACGUGGUUCGGCCGUCAAGGCCAAGGUUCCCCCAAAAAUAUUUCUAUUUUAGGGUCUGCGAAACGCGAUUAUUUUAGACACGUUUUAUGAUAGUCGGAAAGCCACAGAUUUGGUAGAUUAUAUUUCAUAGAUGAAAGCAUUACGAGGUUACGCCGCGCACAGAAGCAGAACUCAAAGACAUGAACUGGAUCUUUAUUCUGUCGCUAGCUCUAGACUCGUAGUUCGAAGCCACAUCAAAAGAGAGGAACAUUUAGUAUUUCAACCAAGCUAACUUUCUCCGUGAUUUUAACGGUUCAUUUCUCUCGUUUUCCCCAAGGUUCGUCGUGUUCUGAUAAGAAUCAAAGUUGUCCAAGAUGGAGGCGGUACUGUACGUCCUCACGGUACGGCAAUUACAUGAGAAAAAAUUGCCAGAAAACAUGCAACUUUUGUGGUGGAGGUAAGCGUAGAAAAUAUAAAACUGUUAUUCACAAUCGAUAUUCCGAGUGGAAAACGAAGUUUUGUUAAAAAUACAAGUAUUUUAAAAAGAGAAAAAAUGAAUUGAGUUCAAUGUGAAAACAAAUAUCCGAGCUUACGUUUCGUUGCUUCUAGAAGCUUCUGUAGCUAGUAUUUAUUUCACAACAGCUCCAGGUCAGGUCUUCAUUUCCAUUCAUGAAGAUUCUUCAACAGAAGUUGUAAUUGGUCGAAUCCUUUUGAUAUUUUUAGGAUCGUCGUGUGCUGACAAGAAUGUAAAUUGUUCGUCUUGGCGAAACAGAGGUUUUUGUCGUGGAAGGUUUGCGAUGUACAUGAAGGAAAAUUGUCCAAAAUCUUGUCGACAUUGCUGA